AUGAAGGUUCUCGUGUGCCCCUCCGGCUUCAAGGGUAGCGUCAGCCCUGACACCGCAGCCGACUGCAUCGAGGCCGGCAUUCUCCGUGCCAUACCCACGGCCACCAUCCGCAAGGUACCGCUGGCGGACGGAGGUGAGGGGUUCGCCCACGCUCUGGUCGCUGCCACGGCGGGGAGGAUUCGCCAUAUGGAGGUGGUAGGCCCUAUAGGGAGACCCAUUCACUCGUUCUAUGGGAUCCUUGGGGGCACCCACGUCAAAACAGCCGUCGUGGAGAUGGCUGCCGCGGCAGGCCUCAGCUUGGUCCCUCCGGCAUCUCGCAAUCCUUGCUUGACUACCACUUUUGGAGUCGGGCAGCUCAUCGCUGCCGCCCUUGACGAGGGAAUGGAGAAGAUCAUCAUCGGAUGCGGCGACUCUGGAACCAGCGAUGGCGGUGUUGGCAUGCUGCAAGCCUUGGGCGCUCGACUCGUCGGGCGUGACGGCGAGGACCUGCCUCUCGGUGGAGGAGGCCAGACCCUCGUUUCGCUUGCUGGGAUUGAUUUUUCGAAGAUGCAUCCCAGACUCAAAUCUGUUGCGAUCGAGGCCGUCUGUAACUGGAAAAACGUCCUCUGCGGUCCAACCGGUGUGGCACGCGUGUACGGACCGCAGAAGGGCGCCACGGGAGAACAGACUGAACUCCUCGCAGCGGCUCUCGAAACAUACGCGGUGGUGAUCCACCGCACACUCGGAAUCAAGAUUGACGACGCGCCGGGGAGUGGUGCGUCCGGAGGACUAGGGGCAGGCCUGCUGCUCGUCGGAGCAAAGCUGCGUCCGAGAUACGACGCACUGAUGGAAUACUUUCACCUCGAGGACAUCUUUGACGGAUGCGACCUGGUCAUCACGGCGGAGGGAGGAGUAGACGAGCAGACACCCCACGGGAAGAUCCCAGCGGAGGUGGCUCUGCGUGCCAAAGCGCGUGGGAUCCCGGUCAUUGUCCUUGCUGGAACUGUCGGAAAGAAUGCAAAUGUCAAUUAUGAGGUCGGUAUUGACGCGUUCGUGUCCAUUCUGCAGCGGCCAUUGACGCUCGAAGAGGCGAUCCGCGACACGGAGCGACUGCUCACGGAAAGUGCGGAAGGGGCGAUGCGCAUGGUGGCAAUCGGUAGAGGAUUAGGACUCGGAAGUAGACAGUGA